AUGACCUCAUUUGCCGGCGACAAGAAAAAGUUAUUUCCUGCUCUGGUACCGAAGAGAUUUUAUGAGAACAUAGCAAACAGUUGAAGGUACUGUGUGUCCAGGCUUGGGAAGCGAGCCAGAACAAUAAUCUUGGCAUGGAUACGUUUGACAACACCAUAUUGUCGGUAUUGCAGGCUGCCAAUAUUGAUGAGGAAGCUUUGAAAAGCUUUAGCCGGGAUGACCUGAAGGAUCUUUUUCCUGGCCCUGAAAAUUUCCUCAAAAGAAAGAAGCUUUGGGAUUUCAUCAGUCAAAAGUGUGAAAGUGUUACUGAUCAAGAUGCCAACACUUGUCAUCGAAGUGGGAGAAAAGCCUUUCCUAGUGAUGUGCCACAAUGUCAGCCUCAAACCUCCACUCCCAUUUCCUACACUGCUGAUAAAAUGAUGAAAAUGCCAGACCCACCAGAGUAUGUGGUGUACACAGAUUCAGAGCUGGAUAUGGUGCGCAGUCAGUACUUUGCAUUGCUCCGCAAUGGAAAGGAAAAGGACUGUAAGAUGUCAAAGGAGCUCUGUUGCAGACUUAUAAGGAACACCGUUACCAGCAUGGUUGCAAUCCUCCGAGCUAGUCCCAUGGGGAAAGAAGUAAAUUACCCCUCCAAACUUGAAAUGAGAGCAAUGUCACAGAAGAUUGUUGAGUAUUACCCUAUGUUACGUGAUGCUGAUGCAUACAUGCCAUACCUGACCAUCUACACCAAACUGUACAAGCGACUGCAAAACAUGAGGUCUCCAAGGAAGAGGCAGGGUUCCAUGCCACAACGAGGCAAAGCCAAGAAGACUCUUUUCAGCUCAGAUGACACAGACAUUGGGACAGACGGUGACCUAAGCGGUGAAACAAGUGAUGGUACCAUAAUUCUUGAGAGCAAUGAUGACAUCAGUGAGGACAAUUCGAGUGCAGGUGUGUGCUGAAAAUGUGCUGUUGUUGUACUAAUUUUUAGACAUCUAAAAACAAAAAGAGACCACAGUUGCCUUUAAAUUUGGAAACAUUGCAAGUUAGGCACAAUAUUGGAUAUUUGUCUGUACUUUCUAGUUAUUUUCCUAUUCUUAAUUUAAUUUUCAAUUAUUUUCCCCAGAGAAAU